AUCAAUUUUUAUCAGGAUCCGUUCUCCACGGAAUUCUCAAGUGUUCCUAAACUGGAAGGGGACCCCAGCUAUUGCCAUCCCAGGGAACUCUGAAAACUCUUCAAACAUGGCCAGAAGGGAUAUGAAGCCUAGGGAACUUGAGACAAAGAAUGAGAUGAAGGACCACCUCCUUACUUUCUGUUCUGACCCUAUUGCUGGUUCGGGGCUUUAACUUAGUAUCUUAUAGAGAUCCUUGUUACAUAUUAUCUCUAGUGCUAUCUAAGCCUCCGGAACAGGUACUAAUUCCAGAACUUUCUACUAAAAUCAUCGAUUAAUAACAUAAAUCUCGAUGACGCACUAAGGAGUAUCACAUUACAAUUGCAAAUUAAUUUAAAAUAUAUAGUGCAGUUCCUAAAGAACUCCACUGGGAUCUAGAGUUAGACACCCUCUAAACCUCCCAGCAUUAUUAACCCCAGGUGUCUCGAUAUUAACUACAAUCUGA